AUGACACUCAUUCAGCUCCCGCAAGCAAACGCUCUGGUUAUCGAUCUCGGCAUGCACACUGUUCGCAUGGGGUUUGCAUGUGAUCCGUGCCCUACCUGCACAAUUGAUGUUUCAGCACUAUUUCAAGAUAAGGAGCUCUCUGCUUCGACGUUGGCUCAUGCGAUUUACGAUGAGUUUCAGGCUAAGCUUCAACAGUAUGUGGCAGAGCCUUUGCCCGUCUUUAUCGCCAUUAAUCAUGACAUCCGUCCAUCCUUCAUAUUCAAACUCCUGGACCAUUUUCUUUCCGUCUUUCCUGGAGUUGCGUUCCACUCUGCUAUCUCCUGUGCUGCAUAUGCAAGUACUCAGACCACUGCCCUCAUUGUUGACUGUGGUCACACAGCUACACGCCUCGCCUUGGUUGUAGAUGGAGUUAUUGCCUCCGUGCAACCUGUGCCCAACUUUUCUGGAGAACGUCUCUUGAGAGAGUUGCUGAGUGUGAUGGAUAACAAGCAUACUGCGGCUUGUAACUUGCUCAAGACGUCCUGCGACAUAUUUACACGCCCAACGUCCGCAGACCUGGCCUCCCUUACGCAGAAAGCAUUGAAAGAGCUGUGCACUGUUUCCUUGGAACUACAGAAAGAUGAAGAACUAGCAACUACUACAUUUAUAUAUGAGGAAGAGAUAAAACUGCCUUGCGGCCACACAAUAACCUUAAACCAAGAAUUGUUUGGUAUAGCAGAAAGCAUGCUACAACAGUCCAAGCUCAGCACCCUCAUACUGACUACGCUGGAGACCCCGUCGAUAGGCUACCAUCAGUCAAAGGGGAACAUCCCUGUCAUUAUAGUAGGUGGUCUUGCACGGCUCAGCAAUCUUACAAGACGAAUACAGCAAGACCUUUCCGGCAAGGCCACUGUGCAGUCGACGGAUGAUGCCAUCAACGCUGUGUGGCAAGGAGGCGCGUCGUUUGUGGGAAUAGAGACCUUAGGGGAUUUCCUUAUAACAAGGGCACUCCUAGAUGAACAGGGGCCUGAAAUCUUAAUGAAAGUGAUAAUGUGA